CUCCUUCCCGCCUCCCAACCCCAAACCGCGGCUCAUCCUCGAGGGCGGAGAGAAGUGGCAUUUGAGUCCUCCGGUAUCCCAGCAGGCAGUGCAGCCUAGAGACGCUGACAAAGGAGCGGAGGAGCAGUCGCAGCUGCUUUCCGAGGAAGCCGGUGUUGCCGAGAUUGCCAAAAUGCUUUGGAGUUUUUAACUCAAUCUAAGAAAAAUCCAAAAUAGAUUUGAGAGUGUAAAAACAGAAACCACAGCAAGGGGGAUUCAGUGCCAAUGCAUCAACAAAAAAGACAACCAGAGUUAGUGGAAGGAAAUCUUCCUGUUUUCGUGUUCCCCACGGAGCUCAUAUUUUAUGCAGAUGAUCAGUCAACACAUAAGCAAGUGUUGACACUGUACAAUCCCUAUGAGUUUGCCUUAAAGUUCAAAGUUUUGUGUACUACUCCAAAUAAGUAUGUUGUCGUUGAUGCUGCAGGUGCAGUAAAGCCUCAGUGUUGUGUGGAUAUUGUGAUUCGUCAUAGAGAUGUUCGAUCGUGUCACUAUGGCGUGAUAGACAAAUUCCGUCUCCAAGUUUCCGAGCAAAGCCAAAGGAAGGCUUUGGGAAGAAAAGAGGUUGUUGCUACUCUUCUCCCAUCAGCAAAAGAACAACAAAAGGAAGAAGAGGAAAAAAGAAUAAAGGAACAUUUAACUGAAAGUUUAUUUUUUGAGCAGUCGUUUCAACCAGAAAACAGAGCUGUCUCCUCAGGACCUAGUUUACUAACUGUCUUCCUGGGAGUGGUGUGCAUUGCAGCCCUCAUGCUGCCUACACUGGGGGAUGUGGAAUCGCUGGUGCCUCUCUACCUCCACUUAAGUGUGAAUCAAAAAUUAGUGGCUGCUUAUAUCUUAGGUCUUAUCACAAUGGCCAUACUUAGAACAUGAGCAAGGAUUUCAGUUGACUUCUGAAGUAACUGUCUUGAACAUAUGAAUGUGGACUGCCUUUUAUCUCUAUUUCACUGCAUUAACAUGCUACCAACUAUAGAAUGAUUUGAAAUAAUUUCAAAUGUAUAAUAUAUAUUUUAAAUUACUCUAUAAUUUGAAGGACUGCAUAACAUUGUAUUACAGACGGCAAGGAUGCUUCUGAGUGACACGUAGGAAAUUAUUUGAAGAAGUUCUUUUUAUAUCUAUACCUGGUGUGCAAAAGACUUUAAAACAUUUGUUAUUUUCUCAUCUUUUUUCUAAUUCCCUUUGAUUACGAGGGGUCACGUAUGCUUUAAAGUUACAAGACUAAAAGAGCAAACUGGCCUAAAACUAAAAUGACAUUUAUUCCCUACCUACAAACAUCAACCUGAUUAUGUAAAUUAUACCUUGCCCUCUAUCAUUAUAAAUGGUUGCCAUGGUGUUUCUAAAAAUAAUUGUUUUACCAUUAAUGUGUAGAGGGCAAACAAAGCGUAAAGUACUAAGGGAUCAUGCUUAUUCUAGGGUCUCACAGAAGACAGGACAUGUUUAGUUCAUCUUGUGAAUUACAGAAUGGAUUGUGGUCCAGACACCAAACAUCAUAUGGGGUUAAAAAAAAGAAAAACAACCUAAUAGAAGUAGGAUGACCUCUCUCUUUGGUCUGAGAGUUCUAAAGGAAGGUAGGCAUCUGUUUAGUUAGUUGGUUCAACCUGGCUUUACCUCUGGUUAAUGCUUUGUGUUAAUAGGAAGGAAACAUCACUUUAUCUUUUCUUCCAAGCCCCUUCCCCGCCUGACUUGCCCAGACUGGGAUUACCAGAUACCAGGUGAUUUAUGUGGAGAUUAUUUUUCACCUCUAAGCCAAGUAGAGGAAGCUCUUGAUAGCUGUGUCUAUUUUAUAUCAGUCACUGAGACUUUUUUUUAAGGUUUUAUUUAUUAUUAAGACAACUUUGCCAAAAAAAAGUCCCCCAAGCACAACUAUUUACAUUUCUCUAUAGCCUCUUCUGAUCUCUAACACAUAUAUGCAGUUUUAACUGUUAUUGUCAUAGUAACUGAUCUUUUGUCUUAGGAUUUUUACCUGAAAGCACAAUGCAUUAAGUCUCUUUAAAAUCAUCUUUCAGAUCUUUUUACAGAAUGAACUUAUGCACUGCUACUGUAGUAUUCUCAAGGAAUAUAUGUAAACACAAAUGUAUGCCUGAAGUUGGUUUUAGCAGAAAACGUCUCUGCUUCUAAAAACUUUUAUGUCUAGUCUUCCAUAGGAAAUCCUCAUUGUUUAACCAUGUGGGGAGCAUAAGUCAUUAAACGAAUCAUAUCUGUACAUUGUGUAAUGAAUGAAAAGCACAUAAAUGUAAUCUACUUUGAACUUUGUAAAAAAAUCAUGUGUGGAGGCUAUUCUUGUUUAUCCAUCUCAAGUCCUGUGUGUGCACAUGUGUGCAAGUGCACAUACACAUGUGUGUGUGAUAACACAUUGUAAAGAACAGAAAUUACUUAAAAAAAUAAAAUAAACAAAAAUGGAGACCUGAGCUUC